GUUUACUAUUGAUAAUCUCAAUUAGAUAUAUUUGUCUAAAAUGACAUUGUACAAAAUUAUUGCACCUAGUCAAUUAGUUGCAAACUAUGUUUGCUCAAAAACUAAUUGUUUGUUUAGAUAUAAAUUAGCAUCYCGGUGCUUGAGUAGUAGUAGUAGUAGCCAGGUGCCAUUAUCAUCAUCAGCAGCAUUGGAGGCAAAAAAACAAAAAUUAUUUCAAUUCAAGGGUGCAAUGGCACCGGUUUUCACACCGUUCGAUAGCAAAGGUGAGGUUGAUGUCCAACAAAUCGGCGGUUAUGUUAAGUAUUUAGUUGACAUUGGAGUUCGUGGUGUAUAUAUAGUGGGCACUACUGGUGAGGGUUAUAGUCUGACAAACGAUGAAAGACUAUCACUGGGUAAAGCCUGGCGCCAGGAGAUCACUGCUCAAGGAGUCGAUCUAUUGGAUGUGGUCAACGUUAGCUCUUUGUGUGUAAAAGAGUCCAUACAUUUAGCCCAGCAAUCGGAAGCUAAUGGUUCGGGCGCUAUAGCUGUAUUACCGCCCAGUUAUUACAAACCCAACAGUGUCGGCGAAUUAAUAAACUUUAUGAAACUGAUAGCUCAGGCGGCGCCCAAUACACCGCUUAUCUACUAUAAUAUACCGCCAAGAGUUGGAAAACUUAACUUAAACAUAAAUGAGGCAAUUGUUGAGGGCGUCAAACAAAUACCACAAUUGGCAGCAAUCAAAUAUUCCGAUGAUAGCAUUAUUAGCUUACAAUUACUUCAGCAACAACUCAGUGGACAGUUGUUUAAAAUAUUUCUCGGCUUUGAUGAGACUAUCCUACGUGUGCUGACUGGUUUGCCUGGAUACAAUGCGGCAAUAGCACCGUCAUUUAAUUUGUUGGGCAUAGCACAGACCUACAAUAGAUAUCUACAGUUUAUUGAACAGUCUGAAACUGAAAGUGCCAGUAGAGAACAGCAGAUAAUUUUGGAGGAAUUUUUAAAACACAAGUCAACUGGUAAUCCGAUAUUGUCUAUGAAACUGGCAUUGAAUACCAGUGCCCAGCGUUGGUCGUUUAAUGUUGGCUAUCCGCGACCACCUAUUUCUUUUAAUUAUGAUUUUAGACAUUUAUAAACAUUAUAAUUAUUAUG